AUGGAUAUAGCUCCAAAAUUGGAGAAUCUGAGGAAAAUCCCCUCUGCGCGUCUGCCUCCCCCGGUCCUCUUUCAAGGUCCACCGACUUCCCAGAAUGGAUCUAGCAUCUCUCUCACACCUGCGGUGCCCCCUGUUUCUCCGAGUGGAGGGGUUCAGCGUCCUGCACUGCAGCGGAAUCGUUCCUCUCGCAAUCCCGGUGGCCUCGAGACUCCAGGUUCUCUUUCGCCCUUUCUAUCGCGUACCCAGUCCAAAGGCGAAGUAGAUCGCUCGGACGCCAUCUGGCAAGAAAUGCAAAAUGCCUUGUCAGAGGUCGAGCUGAGCGCGGUAGCUAGUGGACACGUUUUUGGCGAGAAGCACUCUGAAGCCCUUGAAGACCUGCGAACGAAACAGCUGAAGCUUGCGCAAGCCUGGGCUCGAAGCGAAGCUGACGAGGUAGUUGAUCCGAAGAAUGCAGCUAGCAAGAGUCAGUCAAGACCGAGGGUAUCCUCUCGAGCCACAAGUCCCUCGGGAGAGCCACCCGCACCAGACGAUGCCUCCCAGAGGAACCUAGACGAGGAAACAGAAAAGGACAUUCUUCUGGCGCGUGAGAGGCGUGAAGCGAAUGAUCGCUACUUCGACCGGGUCAACAACGGUGUAUUGGAUGUGGUAGCUAAGCUUGAGGAGGUUGCUCAAGCUAUGCGGGCCGUGGAGAGGGAGAGCAGAGACAUCUGGAGUGACAAUGAAAGCAUAACCACAGAGACCGCAUCAACGGCUAACACCGGAUGA